GUGCACCAGCAUGAGUUGUUACUUACCAGACAGUUUCCUCACAUCUCUUUCCACUGCUGCUAGUUCAAUGGGACGAUAGGUACUACUUUUCCACUUCAAUAACGGGAUGGAGCUCAAUUAGCAUUUCACAAGUCCCCUUUUCCUCCUCCAUUGCAACCUUCCCCGCAGAGCCCAUGCUUUCUCUGGGGAUUGUCCUGUUUUGGGCCCUUGUUGCCGUUGGCAGGGUGACAGUAUUCGAGUGUGCAAACUUGUGCUAUUGUCCGCGGGCCAGAGGGAGCCAUGGAGACCCCAUAAUAUGACACAGGAAAAUGUUUGCUGAUGGCAAUUCUAUGGGCUUUGUCCGACUCUUUCUCCUUCAUGACGACUCGAUUUAAGUCUCUAAAUGUUUGACUACAAAUGCAGGAGUGCUAUCCAGCUCCUUUCCCUUUGUCCCGCGAGGUUUGAAUGAGUAAUUCAGUCUUUGUGUCGCUCGAUUGAGGGGGCAAACAGAAAGACAAGAUUCUUGAGCGUUCAAGCCCCUUUCCAUGGUUAUGCACUCUUUAGAUCCCCCCCCCUCACCAAAUCCUGCAUCUGACAUCACUCUUGAGGUAGGCUAUCUAUGUUUCAGACUCAACUUUAACAGCUCCAGAAUAAAGUUAGAAUGCAUGAUUAUUUCAGCAAAACUUCUCAUUUUUAUUUAUGCAAAUUCCAGAUUUUAGGAGAUGUUUGGCCAACGCGCGGAAAUCACCGUGUAGGAGAAAUAUCGCAUCCCCUCAGCGGCUUUUCAGAUAUCCAUGACAACAAUUUGUAAUGGUGAAGAAUUCGAUACCAGGGCGCUUGGAGGCUGAUUGGGGUGCAUUGUGAGGGGCCUGGGGUCGCUGAUUGGUUCAAGAAAAGCACCAUAACUACAAGGAGUUUAUAUUCAUUCAACUUGUUGAAGUGCUCCUACUGCAGCUUGGAAAUAAGUUUGUGUGGCUUCGAGAGAGUCUGGAUUCGUCCAGCAGUAAUAUUAUCGGUGGACUUCAAGCACCAACAUGGACUGAUAUUAUAAAUGUUUUUUGCAAGAAAUGGCGAACGCAGACAGUGAGGUCAAGACGUUGCUGAAUUUUGUGAAUUUGGCAUCCAGCGACAUCAAAGCGGCCUUGGACAAGUCAGCCCCGUGCAGACGCUCCGUGGAUCACAGGAAAUAUCUGCAGAAACAGCUGAAGCGUUUCUCUCAGAAGUACUCCAGAGUCCCAAGAUGCCACACGCACAGGUCAGCGGAGUAUGGAUGUGCCAAAGCAGUGGGGACGGUUCACCAGAGUGUGAAGGCCACAGAGAAGGCCAUUUCGGAUUCUCGGUGUGUGGAGAAUGUGGGGAGCGCCGUGGAGCAGGUGCCUAUGAGGAAACGCCAACUACCAGCCUCAUUUUGGGAGGAACCUAAGUUGACCCAAACUAAGAGAGAGCACUCGCAUUUAGGACUGAAAAAGAACCCUGCAGGCACAACUGAGGGCAGUGAAAACGAAAAGAGGAAAAUGAGUUAUGACGAUGCUAAGGCUCUGUCUGCGUCCAGUCGACGCAGCUCCGCCGAUAAAGAGACACUGAAAUUGGACCUGACCUCUCACCACUGUGUGAGCGUGUGCGGCUGCUGUCCCUUCCAGUACCACGGCCACCAGGUCCUCCACAGUCACAUUGUUGUCCCCCAUCCACCCCUGGGACUGUGGAGCAAAACGGCGGACACAGAGAGACCUGUGCAUCAUUAUGGACAGAAAAUUCACACGCACGUUGUGGUCAAACCUAUACCGACCAAACCAACCGUCCAGUCACCGAUCUUCAGUGUGUUUGGAUUCAUUUAAUUAUCCUACUAAAGGAGUCAGACACACACACAAGCUGUGUUAAUAGGACUAGUUGUUUUCAUUCUGUGUUCUACAAAGACAACUCUUUAUCUGUCAACAUUUUUUCACGAGACACUUCCUCAAGCACUUAUUUCUAUUUGUAAUCUUUAAAUCUAAAGGACUAAGUGGCACAUGAGAAUAACUUCUAAUAACUUCAAAUCAUGUUCACUUCAAUGCCGUCUGAUGCCUUCCAAGUAUCUGAAAACUGACAGUAAGUUUAAAAGUUUCUAAUUUUAGGUUUCUCCAGAGAAUCUUUUUUUUUUUAAUACCAAACCUCAUGCAAAUGAAUGAGAACAUCCGGUUUCUCUUUCAACAAUGAGAAUAGAAUGUGGGACAUAGAUUGCUUUUUCUUUGUCAAAGUAAUGUUUGAUAGGCACAUUUGAAACAAUGACUUUUAUUUUUAAAUAAAUGAUUCAACUUCC